AUGCUGCUGCUGCUGCUGCUGCUGCUGCGGCUGCUGCUGCUACUGCUGCUGCUGCUGCUGCUGCUGCUACUGCUGCUGCUGCUGCUGCUGCUGCUGCUGCUACUGCUGCUGCUGCUACUGCUGCUGCUGCUGCUGCUGCUGCUGCUGCUGCUGCUGCUGCUGCUGCUGCUGCUACUGCUGCUGCUGCUGCUGCUGCUGCUGCUGCUGCUGCUGCUGCUGCUACUGCUGCUGCUGCUGCUGCUGCUGCUACUGCUGCUGCUGCUGCUGCUGCUACUGCUGCUGCUGCGGCUGCUGCUGCUGCUGCUGCUGCUGCUGCUGCUGCUGCUGCGGCGGCUGCUGCUGCUGCUGCUGCUGCUACUGCUGCUGCUGCUGCUGCUGCUACUGCUGCUGCUGCUGCUGCUGCUGCUGCUGCUGCUGCUGCUGCUGCUGCGGCGACUGCUGCUGCUACUGCUGCUGCUGCUGCUGCUGCUGCUAAAAGCCUGA